AUGGGUUGCAAUGCCACGGACGCCUCGCAACCAGGAUUUACAAAACCUGUUGGGCACGAAAAUCGAGACUCAACGGAGUCCACCGACCUUGACGCUAUCUGCAAGCACCUCAAGCUCAGCCUCUACAUGAAGUUCACCUACAUCGUCCGCGAGGGGGACCCCAUUGAUGCGAUGCUUCUCAUCAUCCGGGGUCACCUCGAGAGCUUUGCCACCGACGACGGCCACAUGGGGUUCUACAACUGGGGCCUGCUCAAGGAAAGGGACUUUUGCGGUGAGGAACUGCUUACGUGGGCGCUCGACCCUAAGGCUGGCGCCAACUUCCCGCUCUCCACGCGCACCGUUUGGGCCAUCUCCGAGGUCGAGGCCUUCGCGCUGCGUGUCGAGGAGCUCAAGUUCGUCGCUGGCCAGUUCCGGUGGCUGCACAGCAAGCAGGUGCAGUAG